GUAAAAAAUGGCCGCGUUUGAAUUAUUAGUUUGUGAACUUGUACCGAUAAAAUUAAGUUUCUUCUAUUAUUGUGCGAUGCUGAUUGUUGCCGACUCGGUUUUUGAGUUCGCGAGGAUUAUUUGUCGACAUUCAAGCUUCUGUAAAACGGUGUGUGUCAUGAAAAACUGUGAAAAUCUUGAAAGUUUAUCAGCAUUCUUCUGGGCUCUAUCCCCAAUAGUGCAGUGCUCCAGGUAACCUGUUUGAAUGAUGUGUUACUGGGCAACUCAACUGGAAACGCCCUGGCCUGUGACUUUCAUCAGAGCAGCAGGGAGUAGCAGUGCCACAGUGAUUAUUAUCCCUUUUGCACGCUUAAAAGCGAAGGGUCGUCCUCCUCUGUCGUCAGGAACUCGUCCGAAGGGCCUUUGUGUCCGUCGGCGGCUUCGUCGGCGGGUUGGGGCAGUCCGCUCGGCGCCCCGUGUCACUUGGACGCACCGCUUGGCCAAGCCCGCCACUCGCCAAUCGGCAUCCACUCCGCCACGGAAUAUUUCCUCGUCGCUUCGUGGAAGAGCAACGAAACAAUGAAAUGCGCCGAGGCGCCCGAGUGACGUGAUUGUCAUGGAUUUCUCAAAACAGGGAAAAGCCCUUCGCCUGCGACAGCUGUUCCGCGAAACGCAAACACGAAACGAAUACUGCUUGCUUUUUGCUCCAAGUUUCCUUGAAACAA